ACUCUAUAUAAUAGACAAAACAAUAUAGCAAUAGAAAGGUGGUUAAGGGGAGAAGUACGGAAAGCUUAGGACAUAUUACUGGAAUUUGGGUUACAAUUUCACUGCCUAUUUCCGAGUAGGGUUUUGUGUAGGAGAGGUUUUAGAGAUGACAAUGGCGAGUCACAGACUCGGCGAGUCAACUCACCAUCGACUACUCGAUUUCGUUAAAACAGCGCUUAUCAAAAUCUUCGUCUCCCCUUAUGCUACUGUUUGUGAUAUGUAUUGUGGGAAAGUAGCAGAUGUGGAGAAGUGGGAUGAAGCUCAAAUUGGUCACUACAUCGGCAUUGAUGUGGCAACGUCGGGAGUGAACGAAGUGAAGGAAGCGUGGGAGAGUCAGCGGAAGGCUUACACAUCUGAGUUCAUUGAGCUUGACCCUUGUAUUGAAGAUAUAGACUCCUACUGGCAGGACAAGGAAAAGCAAGCCGAUAUUGUUUUCUGCAUGCACAAUUUACAGGUGUGCUUUGAUAGUGAAGAGAAAGCAAGGAGGCUAUUGCAUAAUGUAUCAUCUUUGCUUAAACCUGGGGGUUACUUUCUUGGUAUUACUCCUGACUCAUCUACUAUAUGGGCAAAAUACCAGAAGAAUGUUGAAGCAUACCAUAAUAGGAGCGGGGCGAUGAAACCAAACAUUGUACCUAAUUGCAUUAGAUCAGAAAAUUACAUGAUUACCUUUGAGGUUGAGGAAGAGAAGUUUCCCUUCUUUGGUAAGAAGUACCAAUUGAAGUUUGCAAGUGACAUCUCUGCUGAAACCCAUUGCUUGGUUCAUUUCCCUAGCCUGCUCAGGUUGGCCAGAGAGGCUGGUCUUGAGAACACAGAGAUUCAGAACUUGACAGAUUUUUAUGAUGAUAACAGAGCACAAGUUCUUGGGAUACUACAAGAUGCAGGCCAUAGCUUUAUUGAUCCCAGGGGAAGACUUCUUCCCAGAUCAUAUGAUGUUUUAGGUCUGUUCACCACAUUCAUAUUUCAAAAGCCUGAUCCAGAUAUUGCACCUCCACUUACGACUCCAUUUUUGCCUGUUGGAAGCCACAAUCCUGAUGAGAUGGAUUGGCAAGUCAUUGGGUGGAAUGAAGAGGAGAAGAAUGUACUGACUGAUCCAUCUAUAGGUUUGGGCAAGAUAACUGAACAAAAAGGGAUUUUAGGUCCUGGUCCUGCAGAAUUACGUUUCCCUGAAGCUAUUUGAUGUGAUUAGCAUAGACAUUUGACGACAGUUCGAAGGAUCAAUGCGGAAGUCGUGAGUUUUCAGUGUCGUUUCAUCUCGCUCAUUUCAUUCCACCGGUGGUAGACAUUUUGGUUUGUUGAUUGGCAAGAUGUGUAUCAUUAUAUCAUUUUGUUGUACCAAGGAAAGACAUAUUGGUUAAUGGAUUGGUUUGAUGUAUAUACCUCUCUUUUGGGCACUAGACAGUUUUGAUGUAACUAACAAUUUAAGAUUCAUCUUCUCUUUACUGACUUCACAAAAACGAACAGUUCCCUAUUUUCUAUGUGGACAAAUAUGAUACAGGCCUUACAC